UUAAAUAUUUAUAUUUACUUUUGUAAUUUGGAAGAAUUUGAAAAAAAAAAACAAUAUUCAACCAUUUAAAUUUGUAUGCUACUCUCCUACGUGUAAGUAAAUAAAAAAAGUCCCUCUGUAGUGCUUAAAAAUAUAGUAGACAUACCUCCCUCUUUUUGCCCCACCCCCUCAUAAAUAACAGCCAGUCCCUAAAAAAAAAAAUUAAAUAAAAAUCUCCUAAAAUAAAAUUUUUGAUUUUGGCGAUUUUCAUUUUAUUUAUUUAUAUAUAUAUUUUUUUGCAAAUCUUCUUUUAUACUGAUCACUUUGUGUUACAUUUUAUGCAUGAAUUGUGCUAUAUAAAUAAAGUUAUUAUAAAUAGAAUUAUUACUUUUUAAAUUAUUAUUAUUUUGGGGUAGGUUUUGAGGGCAUGUUUUUGUUUUUUGUUUUUUGUUAAAUCGACGGUAAACAAAUGCCCUUCCCCUAAGCCAAAAUAAACAUGAGUCCCCCCCAGUGCUUUUUUUUUUUUACCACCCCCUCAACCUUUAAGAGUGAUGAACAGUCCCUAAUUAUUAUAGAAUAAAACAUGACAAAACAAAAAAAAUCAAUUUAAAUUCUCAAAUACAAAAAAACGACUCAAAUUUAUUUUUAAACCUUAGUGAAGCUACAAAUAUUUGUCCCAGUAUUGUAAAAAGUCUCUGAAAUUUGCUUUUGACUGAUUAAAAAAAAUAAAAAAAAAAUAGCGGCAUUUAUUUUGAAAUAAAGAACCGGAAGUGGUGUCAGAUUACCGGCAGCUUACCGCUGGUCCGUUCAGGCCCAGUCAAAACAAUGCAGCUUUAAAUAUUCAACGAUUAUUAACCGUUAACCUCGUCGUGCUGUGAACCGCGUGCUGUUUUAUUUCGUUAACGUUCACUAACGUCGUUUUAACGGUUGUCUGUGUCCGCAGCUGUCUCCGGUGUGAAGCUUCUCCUGUGGGUGUUUUUUGUGUUGUUCUCUGUAACGGUUGGAAAUGGAGACGAGUAACAGGCGUCUGAUGCUAGGUAGCCUGAGAGCGGCGGUGGGGAGCGGCUGAAAACACCGUAAAACGGUAAAAAUAAGAGCCGGGAGCGGGCGGUGAGGAGUGGGCGUCGAGGCUAGAAAGACAGGCGGAUUAAAUAACGGUGGGCUGGUAGCAUGGUGGAGUAGGCGUCUGCGGCGUCGACGCUAUCGGGCUCCUGCGACCGACCGACGGACGAUUCGCUCUCACCGGGGAGGAUCACCAUGGCCCCGGGCUCUCUGGUGGCGGCCUGCCGCAGCCUGGCCCUCUCUACGUGGCUGCUCUCCUUCUGCUUCGUCCACCUGCUGUGCCUGGACUUCACCGUGGCCGAGCGGGAGGAGUGGUACACCGCCUUCGUCAACAUCACCUACGUGGACCCGGCCACCUCGGAGCUCCGCACCGAGAAGACGGAAUGCGGUCGCUACGGGGAGCACUCGCCCAAGCGGGACGCCAAGGGGGUGGUGGUCCUGCCCGCCUCCCUGCACGACCGCCAGGCCUGCGACCCCAACACCCGGUUCGCGGUGCCCGCACAGGCCGGGGCCUGGGUGGCGCUGAUAGCCCGGGGCAACUGCACCUGCAAGGACAAGAUCCGCCACGCUGCAGCCCACAACGCCUCGGCGGUGGUCAUCUUUAACGUGGGGUCCGCUAAUGCUAACGACACCAUUACGAUGCCUCAUCCAGGUACAGGUGAGGUGGUCGCCAUCAUGAUCCCGGAGCCAAAAGGCCGCGAGGUUGUGUCACUGCUGGAGCGCAACGUGACGGUCACCAUGACAAUCACCAUCGGGACGAGGAACCUGCAGAAGUACGUCAGCAGGACGUCGGUGGUGUUCGUGUCCAUCUCCUUCAUCGUGCUGAUGAUCAUCUCUCUCGCCUGGCUCGUCUUCUACUACAUCCAGAGGUUCAGAUACGCCAACGCACGGGACAGGAACCAGCGUCGUCUCGGCGACGCGGCGAAGAAGGCCAUCAGUAAGCUGCAGGUUCGCACCAUCAGGAAGGGCGACCAGGAGACGGAAGCCGACUUCGACAACUGUGCUGUCUGCAUCGAGGGCUACAAGGCUAAUGACGUGGUCCGCAUACUGCCCUGCAGGCAUUUGUUCCACAAGACCUGUGUGGAUCCGUGGCUGCUGGAUCAUCGCACGUGUCCCAUGUGCAAGAUGAACAUCCUCAAAGCUCUGGGCAUCGCUCUGAACGCAGACUGUCUGGACGACCUGCCGCUGGACUACGACCUGGCCCUGGGCGGUGUCGGGGGGGUGGGUGUGGGUGGCGUUGGGGCCCUGGCCCUAGAAGCUGUGGUGUCCGGGGCGUCCAGUGACGGCACGCUGAGUGAGGGCGGCUCCUCGGUGGUGCUGGACCCCGGGGUGCGACGGGUGGGACUCCCUCAGGACUACCAGGACCCCGACACACUGAGAGACAGCCCUGUGACUGCCACCACUGACACACACACAGGUGAGCUACAGCCAAUGGCGAGCAGCGCCUCGGUGGCAUCAUUGGUCAUCACCGUGGAAACAGGUCUCUCAGAUGAGGAGGGGUCCAUGGAGCAGUCUCAGCUGGGGGACAAGUCCUGAGAGCAGCACAACAGAACCAAACCAGGACCCCGGGCCAAAACAGACUCAAAUCAGGUUCAGACUUUUAACAGACUUCAUUUGAAGCUCCAGAGAACGACCUGACUAAAACCAGAUCUGAACCUAACCUUACUGCACCAGACUGAGCGUGACCCAGGACCUGGUUCUGGUUUUUGACCGGUUUCAAGUGGAAGCUAAAACCUAGAACCAGCACCGGUGUUUGACUGGGUUUUUCUCUUUGGACCUGUGUGAUACAGAACUAAACCAAACCAACUGGACCGCAGGUGGACUAGCCUGCAGGGUCUAGACUAUGAACCAGGGUCUAGACUAUGAUGGGUUUUCAUGUAGUGGAUCUAAGUUGGAUAAACGUGUCUGUGACCUGGAUUGGCUUUGUUCUUCUAUUCUCCUCCUGGACCCUUGACGAGUUUGGACCCAGGACGUAACUUGGUAACAUGUGUGAUCCAGUGCGUUUACCUUGGUCUCACCCUCGGCUCUCCUUGGUAUAACCAGGUGUUGCUCCAACCGUAAACUGGGAUAUACCUCGUGUCUGUCUGUUGUCGCUCCAUGCAGAUGUCUUAAUCAAUCCACAUUUGCCUCAUGCUGUUUCUAGAAAUAGACCCCAACUUCUUUAUGGUUCUACCCCUCUGUUGUCAAUCCACAGUGACAGAAAGAAGUUCAAGAAGUCCAGUCCAUUUCAAAUAAUGUCGCGACAUUUCUCUCCUGACUUGAUGAACUUUUGAAGGUCGGAUGGAAUUCAAACUGAGUCUCCACAAGCCACAUUUAUACUCAGAGAAUCAUGAAGAUGAUAUUGAACUCACCUCGAUGCUCGCCUCAACAGGGUAGAACCUGAGAAAGUCGUCUGCCAAAUUAGGAUCCACUCUUCGAGGGUCAAUAUUCUCCUUCAUCAGCAAAUCUGGAGGAUCUUUGACGAAUGCGUGAGAACUCCAAACACCAGAUUGUGUGUUUUUAAAAGUGUCCGUGAGUGAUCCAGGCCAGGAAUCUAGAUUUACCUGUGUAUUUCUACCUGUUGUACUUCAGUACGGAGUGCUCUUGUCUCGGGACCUUUUGUGGAAUAUUCUGUUACCUGGUUUUUCCAGGUAGGAGAGGAACAACAAAUAAACAAACCUUGAUAGGACUCAGUAUCGGGGCUGCUCCCUUCUCACCCUGGUCUGAAUUCUUGGAAGAUUUAAUCUCUGGUUAAGUUAGCUCAUUUUGAUUUGCCUGCCAACAUGCCAGGCGCCGUGUGUGACGUCUGCGGUGACUUUUCAUUUUGGAAAGGAGGACUUUUAUUUUUGAAAGGACUACUCCAGGCUGUCGAUUUGGUUUGUUUCUUUUUCUAGUGUUUUGCUAAAACGGUGGACUCGUCGUGGCAGUGUUACAGCUACAGUUUGACUGCAGUAUUGAAUAACAACUACACACAGUAUUUUGUUUUUUUCUCUUUUUGCCUGUCAGUAUAAUUCAAGGCUCCUUUAUCUUCACAGCACAGUAGUGCUGACAGUUUGGUUUGGAUGCUCUCCAAACAGGGUUCCUAUGUGUCUGGGAAAACUGGUGACACCAAGAAAAACUCUUGACUGAUUGCAGGGCUGUACAGAAUAUUAUAAGGUAUGAGAAAGCGUGUUAAAUGUAAAAUUUCAAUAUAAGAAAUAAUGCUGACUGUAAAGCACAGAUGAAGUCAAAUGUGUGAAAAUAGUGACAAAUCUUGCAGCGUGGGUCUUCACAUACAGAUCAUUUGGAGAAAGUGAUGACAAAAUAAAUGCCACCAUGACGUAGGAGAGUUUUAAGCUGCACCAUCACCUGUUCUCCUUGGUAGUUUUUCUAUUUACACAAUUUUCAGAAACAUCCGUAGCGCCGGGCAGACACUGCAUGUUGUUACUCAUUCUCACACGUCAAAUCUUAAACUGCCUUGCUUUAUUUUCACGCAUAAACAACCAGCGUCAUUGUAGAGCUCUCACUGAAGGAACCUGAAACACCUGUUUGGUUUUGUCCAGUGACGGUUCCAAUAAAGUUUAUUCAAACAUAACAACCAUAUCCUCGACAAUGUUGAGGACUAUGAACGGAAAGUAAGAAGCUGCUCUGCUCUGCAAAAAUUCUAAAAAGUCAAAGUUUUAUAUCAAAGCAGUUUCAGACAAGACUCAACCAUGGAUGUAUAAAGAGAACUGGAUACAGAGUCGAGCCGGGGCCCCGUACAUACAUAUGAAGGUUGCUCAGUGGUGCAUGGAUCCAAAAAAUGUUCGACUUUCCCUUAUAAAAUUCCCCCAAUCUUACAAUCUACUUCCACAUCAUUGGGCCCAUAGAGCAUGGAUGUAUAAAGAGACCUGGAUACAGAGUUGGAAGCGGCUGUUUCCACGGUAUGAAAAUAACCAGAUCUUAUGCAUCAUCGGGCCGUUAGAGCAAGACCACUGGAGAUUUCCUCCGGCCAAUAGUUUAACUUCUAGUUUCAGGUUUCGCUAACUUGAAUGGGGAUGAAACAAUUUAAACAUGCGACUCUUUUAGACAUUCAGAAUGUUAUCAUUCAUUUUGUGGGGGUUGUGAUGCCCCAAAAACUCUAUCUACUGAUUUGCAAAUGUCUCUUUUGCUAUAAAAAUUUCCGAGAAAAGGUCUUUUUGGGCCCCAUGGCAUCACGUGACAGACAUGGAAGUUGUAAUUACACGGUAUGGCCACUACGCCCACUUGGCUUCAAAGCCUAGCACUGUUUCUGGGGUCUUGGCCACAACGUGUAAAAUAAUAAGUACUACUUAGAGGACUUAAAGUUUAAGUAUUAUUCUACACAUUGUGGCCAAGACCCUAGAAACAGACUCAAAGUUUAUAAUGGAUCUUUUGACAGUAGCCAUGUUGAAAAAUUGUACAGCAGAACCAACCACAUUUUUGGACAUACCAGAAGUUCACCUGAAUGUCUGACAGCCAGAUCGUCAACGGCUUCGGCAGUUGAUACGGCAUUGUAAUUGGGGGUUUGUUACGAGGCAAUCUGUCCAGUCAGUCCAUGCUACAUUGAGUCGGGGGCGACAAAUUUGAGGUUUAAAUUGGAUGUAAACCGCGUAGUGUCUGCCUGGCUAGUUAGGGGAUUAGGGGAUGGAAAGACUUCCCUCAUCAGUCUUCCAUCGUGGCCGUCGCGACAUUCUGUAAGUGUUAAAAUGCCAUGUAGGAACCCUGUCUAUAGUGUUGCCUUGUUUUGUUUCAAUGUCCGUCCAUCUGUCCGUCUGCCUGACCACGUGUCCAAAACCCCCGGCCUCAUGCUGCCUUUUUAAAAACACCUUUACCUUUAACCCUGACAAUCAAGAAUCAGAUCUUUUACUUGCUAGUUGGGGAUCUUUUCUCCAAACUCUAGCAAACCUAAGAGGUGUCUUUCAAACACGCCUUCUGUACACCACAGUAGGUGUUAGCUGCCAUGACCAUUUCAGUUUCAAUUUAAGCGCCACCAAAUCAAGCUGUGAAAGACGAUAGAGAGACGGUACCCAGAGUCGUAGACAUGACGGAGUUUAGCAAAGAAUCCCUCCCCGCUUUAGUGAGUGUAGCUCACUCUGGAUGCCAAGCAUGUAAAUAUAAAAUGUAUACUCCACACGUUCACUACAUCAUGUGGCAUUGCUGUCGGUUUGCCAAACUGGUGUGCAGACUGUGUAGAGCUGCGGCCGCGUCGUGGCGUCCCCGGCGCAGAGAGAGAUAAAGAUUGUCGUCUAUUUUGAUACCAGAGGAGACGUUUAUUUUUGUAAUGAAGACACCCAGCAGCAAAGACUGAUUUCUCUCCCCUCAUGACCCCAUGGCCUGGUGAUUCUCAGUGUGAUUGAGUGUUGAUCAGGCAGAUUUAAGUGUUGAUUAUUUGUGUAAUUGUACAUACCUACAGUACGCUAAGGACCUUGACGAUAAGACUCUAAACUAUUGUAAGAUUGUCCGUAAAUAUUCAGGAUCUGAUUGUUAAUGAUGAAAACUGAACCUGAGAGAACUGAACCUGAGUAAAGGCUGGAGAACCAAAGCUGUACUGUUUGUUUCCCCCUGUCGCUUUUGGUACUAAUUUUUUAUUUUUUUUUUAAUUCCCAUUGGUGUAAAUGUUAAAUAAAACCUGUUUAAUUGAUUUAAUUAAGUACAAAGCACUUAGAUCACAAGAUUUGACUUCUGAAACUAAACAUUUAAGUGUAAUUAAGACCGUCUCACAGCUUUGCGUGUACAUAGCAUUGUUUUCCAGAUCCUGGACCUGCAGUCUCAGUAAAUUUAAGCAAAGCAAACAGUGCAACUAGUCUCCAUAAGAAGAAAAACCAUCAUACGAUUUAGUCUGUGGGAUUUGUAGUUAGCAUUCAACUCUUAGUAUGAAUAAUUAACAGGAAUUUUUUGUCAAGGAAAGCUCGGUUUCUUCGAGUUAAAAUUGGUACCAAAUUCUAAGAAGCAGUACUUGUGUUGGUGUUUCCGGUCAAACCAAUGGCUUCAUUUUCUCACAGAAACCAUGAAGACUUUUAAGUAUUUUCUUCCUACUUUGCUUCCCAGGCUUCAUCUUUCCUCUCUGCUCACAGUUCACUCUCAGUUCAGUCAGUUAUCAAGUAUAUAACAAACACUAGUUCAUUUAAAACACUGGUGGGGAAUGAAUUUGCUGUAAUAUAUGAAGAUGAUGGAUUUGUACGCCUUGUCUCGGCCAAUAUUCAGUGAACGAUGUUUUAAUUAAAGUCACUUCCUUUGUGUUGUAAGCUUUAUUUUCAAGGGAUUUACCCAAUGUUUGUUUUCACAUUUGCACUGUUUCAUUCCCUUUCUGUCUUUCUGUUUUUUAUGUGACUGCAAUUCUGCCGCCACAGUCAUGAAAGUGAAAUUGAACUCGAUCCAUUUCUUCCAUUCUUCUAGUAGAGACUGAGGCUGCCGUGGUGUGUUGGUCCCCGUUAAGUGUUGGGCAGAUAUCGAACCUCAAAUACUGAUUUGUUAACAACCAAAAUGUGUCUGUAGCAACAAGCGUCAAAAUCUGUAAUGUUCGUUUUUGUGUUUGUACCUAACGUACGGAAGUUGGACCUCUUCAGUUUUUUUUUUUAAUUAUUAAAAAAAUAGUGUAGAAAACGGUUGUAUUUUUUUUGAUUAAAAAAUAAUGCUUUGGUAUCUGCACCAAAACUAAUGUAUCGAAUCAGCACUAGUUACGAAUAAUAACCAAAAUUUAAUAAUACCCAGCCCUAAUACUCAUGCAGGACUUUGGAAACGGCCCUAAACUGAGGCAGGAAAUUUUUUUUGGUAUGAAAUGUGACAACCACAUUCAGCCAUUGACUUUCCAUCUUGGUAGGAUAGAUAACUUUUCAAAAACAUGAUUCAGAAAAAAACAAACAA